AUGAAGAUCCUCCUCGGCAGGAGCAAGUCCUACCGGCUGCUGCCCCGCGCCUGGCCCCGGCUGCAUCAGCGGUUCAACGCUUGGAUCAUGACCCUCGAGCUCGCCCUCCUCAUCGCCGUCCUCGUCAUCUUCGGCAUCGCCCAACCGGACCUGUACCGCACCGACAUGUGGCGCAUCGGCUUCGACAACAAACUCAACUCGAACCCGAACAUGGUCCUCUACGCCUAUGCGAACCACCGUCCCCUCCCCAAGAUACCGCUGAUUUGGUCCCUCGCCCUCACCAACUACAAUGUCGCCAUCUCCAUCGUCUCUCUCUUCUUUCUCCUCUGCAAGCUCAUCACCAUCAUCAUGCGAUUUUACUUUCCCAUCAUUGCCCUUGUCAGCUAUUCUGCCUUGAUCGCCCUCUACGCCGUCAGCAUCUACGGUCAAAUCGGCCCGGACUAUGCAGACGCACGAUACCCCGCACCGGCCGCCUGGUACUUUCGGCAAGGCUGCGAUCCGGCCAGGCCUUACGGCAAGUAUCGAGCUUGCCAGAUUGCCCAAGCCUCUCUUGGUGUGACCUUGUUCAUGUUCACCGUCUAUCUCGUCAACCUGGGCUUCGCCCUGCAUGCCACCUGGCCCAACGAGGAGAAUGCUUUGUGCCGGGACGAGGACGAGGACUCGGCCCUCUCCGACUCCAAGGCGAAUGACGGCGGCGCAUGGGAGAUGCACAGCAUGAACGCGCCCGUCAACGAGAGCGCCGUGCCCUUUACGCCGAGAACGCAAGCCUUUCACAUCCUCGACCGGCGCCUGCCUCAGCGGCAGGAGGAUAUUCAACGGUAUGCAUGA